AUGAGCAAUUACCAAGCCGACUUACCUCUCCCUAACACUGAUCAACAGAUCUGCGCCGAGCGCCUUUGUGACCGCCCCGCCUCGCUCGUCGCGGACCUGUCCUGGGGCAGUGCACGAUUCUGCUCUCACAAGCACCGCGACGAAGCCGCCUCCUUCAAGCUGCAAGAGCUUGCUCGGGUGGAUCGUUUGCUGAACAGGAUCUUCCUGUUGGAAGCAAGGUGGCUACACAUCUUUCGUACGUACGCGGCAGCGCGCUCGUCAACAGGGACCUUGGUGCUUUUCCAGCGCGAGUUCGAUAAGCCCCUCAAAGAGCAAAACAUCUUCCCAGAUAUGGUACCGCGGCGGUUGGAGGAAGUUGGGUACUGCUUCAACAGCUGCGUCCAUGUUCUGGAGAUCCUCGCUGGCGUGCUUGCCUUCUUCGCAGAAGGAUCCUUUGAAGUCGAGGAAGUAGACAUCCUACACGUCAAGUCGAACUCCAGCGUCAUCGUCAUUGCACACAAUGCUGAAGAGCCCGAGGUCAAAUCCGUGGCUGAGCGCCACACAAUGCUCAAGGUCUCCUCCUGGCUCGGCGAUUCCUACCUUGAUCCUACCGCGCCUCAGUAUGGCCGGCCGCAAGGUCCACAACGAUGUGACGAGUACCUCCAGAAGUACGCCGAUAUGCGCCAGCAGCACGGGCCGUGGUCAUACGGAUUCGGCACAAGGUAUGCAGCAAUGCAGAGACGUAUGGGAACUAGCACUCCGGGUUCUAAAGAGUGGUAUUAUCGUGUGCAAAGCCAGAUAGCUAUGCGUACCAUCAACAACGUGGUUCACCGAGUUGUCGCGGAGGCUGGAGGACCUAGCGUAUUAAGGGAGGCGAGCGAGACGGUCUGGCGAAUUACUGAAGAUCUAGCUCUGGAUGGUGUGGAUAGGAAGCUUCGAGAGUUUCGCGAUGACAUGGACCGAAUAUGGCACGGUACGCGGUCGGCGCUCUGGAUUGAUUUCUACGAAGACGCGUUGUAUCGUUCACAAGGCGACGGCGACGUGGCCAUUAUGACGGCCCUCAAUCGCAUGUCCGAUCAGAAUAUAGAUUCGUAG